CAGCUGUCUCCACCUGCUUUUAUAAGCCGACUGAGUUCAUCAACACAACACACACACACACACACGCUCAUCCGUAACUUUCAGAGGACCGGGCAUUCGUCUCCUCAGUUCUGAGCCAUGGCAGAAAAGGAGCUUUUCAAAGUCCGCAGCAAGUUUGUGGAGAAGGUGUCAAAGUCGAUGCUCAAGCAGCUCCUGGACGACCUUCUGGAGGCCCGCUUGUUGAACGAUGGCGAGGUGGAGUCUGUGCUCGAGGACAACAGCACCAAAGCAGACAUGGCGCGCUGCCUCAUCGACAUGGUGAGGAAGAAGGGCACCAGAGCCAGCAAGAUGCUGAUCGACCACAUUCAGACCAGGGAUGAAAUGCUCUACGCCGAGCUGUUCCCUGACUCACAAGAUCAACCGGAUGCAGCUCCUCCGACACAGAAAAACUGGUCAAACAAACUCAUCCCCGUGUCUGACUCUGAGAGGACGAAAAAAAUGAACGAUCCAGACAUUUACAAAGUGUCCGAAAAGUCUCUGAAGAGCCGCGUGGCCCUUUUGAUAACCAACAGAAACUUUGCAGACGAUGACUUAACCAGAAAGGGAGCCGAGAAAGACGAGGAGAACAUGUUGAAUCUGCUCAGAUCCCUGCAGUACGAGGUGGUGAAGCACAACGACCUUACCGCAAAGAACAUUGAAAAGGCUCUGCGUGAGUUCACAACGCACCCCAAACUAAAAGAAACAGACAGCGUGUUUGUGGUGAUCAUGUCUCACGGAAAGCGGGGAUUGGUGCUCGGAGUCGACCACAGACAAGACAAACCGGACGAAUUCCCUGUUGACAAAAUCUACAAAUAUCUCGGCCCACAAACAUGCUCCGCACUGAUGAACAAACCCAAGAUCAUCAUCAUCCAGGCCUGCAGAGGAGAUCGGGAAGGAGCCGCCAUUGUUAGCGACAGCGCGCGACCCAGCGUGGUGUCUGACGACGCGUCGCACCGACCGGCCUCUCCUCCAAGCGGCAUCGUCGAAGACUCCAUUCGAUACGUUCACAAGGAAAAGGACUUCAUUUCCCUCCUGUCCAGCACGCCUGAUACCGUCUCAUACAGAAGAGAGGAUUUGGGCUCCUUCCUGAUUCAGUACAUUGUUGAAGUCUUCAACACCUGCUCCCACGAGGACGACAUCGAUGAACUUUUCAGAAAAGUCAUGCAGCGCUUCGAAGACUUUCCUGAUGAAACCAAAAGACAAAUGCCGACAAAAGACAGAUGCACUCUAACCAGGCGCUUCUACCUUUUCCCAGGCCACUGAGAUGGCAAUGUUUGAUGAAUCCAGCUGUUAUUAACCUUGUUAUUCUACCCUUACUUUUCUUUUUUUAAUGUUCUGUCUGUGAAUGUAAUAGUGGUGCCACAAGGCUGCUUGCUAAUAGUUUGUACUUAAACUGGAAAUAAGCCCCAUUUUUAUUUUGCAGAGGGAAUUAUGAGCUUCACUUCACUGUCCUGGAGAGAGAAAAAAAUAAAAGAAAAGAAAUUUUAUAUAUAUAUAUAUAUCUUAAAUAACUCUGGAUAACAAAUAAAAAUAACAUUUAAACCCC